AUGAAUAAGUGUGAACAAAUAGGAGCUCAAGAACUUCUUUCAAUGUUAUCUGAUGCUGAAUUAAUGUCAGUUAAAGAUACUGUAACUAAAUCAAUGAUAUCAACAUGUUCUAGUGCUGAAGCUAUUGAUGCUUGUUUAAAAUGUUCACAAUCAGCAAUGCAAUUAUUAAGACGAAAAAAAAUUCGAAGAGAUAUUCUUAUGCAAUAUUUAGCUAAAAAAUCAGUACCGAUUAGUCCAGGUGCUGAUAAGCAUAAUUCAUUCAACAUGGAUCUUAGACGUACAAUUAUAAUUCUUAUGGCAUUAGCUUGUGUGAUAAAUGUAAUUGGUGUCAUUCACUGUCAUCUUAAUUAUCCAUAUAAUUCGACAUUGUCUGCAUACCGUAUAAGCUAUUCGAUUAUCUUUCCUAUAUUAUUAGCUUUGACUGGUUUUCUUCUAAUCGAACAAUUGAUAAUUACAGACGGAACAGUUGCACCGCUCAAUCGUUUUCGAACUAUUUAUGCUUUUGUUGCUGCUAUUGUUCUUUUUAGUUUUGGUAUUGGGGCAUCAGUUUUAGCUAGUCGUUGGUAUGAUUCUUCUCCACAAGAUGCUUAUCAUCAUAGUGCUGUUAUUGCUUCUGUAGUUGCUUUUGUUGGUAUGACAGUUUAUUUUGCUGAAGCAUUGGCUCGUCAUCGUAAAAGUCGUAUCAUCUAA